UGGUGCAGGUGAUGGCGGUGCAGGCGUUCCUGCAGGGCGGCGUCCUCUUUCUCAUGGCGAUGACCAACGAGGUGUUCCUGCUGGCGCCAGUCGGCUUCGGCCUGGGCGGCAUCAGCAGCGCGCUCGACCUGCUGCCCGUGCCGGUGCUGCAGCGCUACAGUGAACCGGACGCCGUGGAACGCCAGUUGGGAAUGUGCCGGGCCGCCUCGGGCAUCGGAUGCCUGCUCGGACCGGUGUUUGUCAUGGUGUUCCUGGACGGCGAGACGCAGUCCUACGCGAUCGUCUUCAUCUUGUCCGGGCUCUUCUCAAUUAUUGCCGGCACCCUCUGGCUCCCUGGUCUCAAGAAGGAGAUGGACGAGGCCAGAGGCAGGAUGACCUUCCCGCCGUCUGCAUACCCAAGAAAUGAACCACCAGCAGCUGAACCAGCAGCGGCUGAACCAGGCGCUGCUGAACCAGGAGCGGCCGAACUAUCACCGCCGCUGCCCGGAGCGCUCGCACCGGCCGCGGGAGAACCGGUUUCGGGAGGACCUUUUGCCGCGCCCGAUGCGGCAGAACCAGGCGCUUAAAUGCCAGCUGCGGAUCCGGCUCCGGCUUAGGAUGCGGCUCGACUCGUACCUGAUCGCUAGCGGCCCUUGUCUUUGUGUUUUCUUUAUUUUUUUCAUCGAUACGCGCACCGACAUAAUCUCCUCGUGCGCGUGCGCAGUGGGGUGCGUAAAUAUAAGAUACACGGCUUCACGUUGCCAUGACAGCCACCCACGGGCAUGAUCAUGGCUACAUAGUUUUAUUCAUUUGCAACGUUGUAAGCCUGCUCGACUACGGAUUUUUUUUAUUUGGUCCUUUUCUUGGUAUGAACAUGGACGUAACCUCCCCGCUGGCCUGCCUGAUUUGGUUCGUGAAUAUGAAAUGCCCGGCUAUGCGUUGCCGCGACAACAAUUUACGGAUACUAUCCCGAAAAAAAAAAAAAUGCAUUUUCAGGAGUAAAACACGCUCUCCUGUCGUUUUAUUUCUAACGAUGACUCAGGAUGCGAAAUAAAGUGCAAGUGUGGGUCAACUAGCCCAGCAAGGAAUAGCGAUUCUUUUUCUUCCCUUUCCAUCUAGAAGCACACGAACGCAACCUCAAUCCCUGUGCCCCGGAGCACUCCCGUUUGC